GAGAGAGAGCAGUCCACGCUUGUAUGUGCUGUUGUACUUCAGUCACUCUUCUUGUUCUAGAUUCAAAGAUGCAGCUUGUUAGCGGUGGACGAUCACUUUGGAUAUACACUGUGAUAUUCACUUCUCUACAACUUUGGGGAAGACUUUCUACUUCCUCUCCCACUCUUCCACCACCCAGCCUGGACAUCUAUUUGCGGUCAAAGGACUCAGUGGACCUGAUCUGUGAGGUCCCAGAGGGCCAUCAUGGGGUUCUGUUCAUUUUGUACAAGUUCAGAGAGAAGGUAGACACUCGGGAGCUGCAGACAGGUGCUGAGGAGGUUCAGUUCACCGUCAAGGUAAAUGAAGGGGAUUUAGGCGAACUGUUCUGCUGUCUGUACAAGGACCAGGGAGGACGCUACAGUGCAUUCAGUCCCUAUUUGCGACUGGAACACCAAAAAGAAGCUGCUCCCACUCGCUCCACACCCUCUGUCCCUCCUCCAGUCUUGUUUGUGGAACCGUCUACUGAUUUGCUUCCACUGCCCACUCUUGUUCUCCAACAGGAGACAGACGUGUGGCAUUUGCUCUGCACGGGGUCUCCUGCGUACCCUGGUGCUGUGUUCUCCCUCUACCUGGCAGAUAAUGAACUUCCCGUUGCCACUCACCAUGCCAAAGUCAUCCACCAUCAGGCCACUUUCCCAGUGCCUGUCCAGGACACUCCAGUGGUUGUCUACCAAUGUCAGUACACUGUCCUUCUGGAAAAGAAAUGGAGCAAUUCUGAGCGUAGCCGCCCUCUGGCUGUAACCACAGGAGUUCCCCCUCCUUCGUCAUCAGGUGUGGACUGGCUGCUUGUACUGGGCUCUUUCUCUGCAGUGGUAUUAUUCCUCUGUUCAGUGGCCCUAGUGGUUGUGGUGGCACACAGGAAAGUAAAAGCAGCAGCUGAGAAAAAGAAGAAAAGACAGGAAGCACAGUUCUGGACUCAAGUCCAUGAGAAGGACCACGUUGUUGACCUUACACCCAGGCGUUCAAGCUUCACACCUCAGGAAUGGGCCAGUGGGGACGCUGAGACAGAAUCCAGAUCUCCAAUAUGGAACUCUCUCUCCACAUUCACAACCACGAUCCAUCCGAUCCAUUGAAAAUGUUUGUUCUCUCUCUCUCUCUCUCUCUCUGAGUGUGUUUGUGUGUGUGUGUGUGUGUGUGUGUGUGUGUGUGUGUGUGUGUGUGUGUGUGUGUGUGUGUGUGUGUGUGCGUAAGUGUGUUUAUACUUUAUCCUAGCUUAUCAUGGUAGCAUCAGUUGGAGUUACACAGCAGGACAGGAAGAGCUAUUUCCUAAGUUCCUAUUUCAUGUGUUGCAUUAAAAUUGUACUGUUUGACAGGAUAUGAUGUUUGUUGGAUCUUACAUGUAACUGAGCAAGUGAAUUUAAGUUUGUAUGUGAGAGAUUGGAGUAACUUACAUUAAGCUUUGAAGUUUAUUUUUGACCAUGGAAAAAACAGUUGACAAAACAACUCCACCUCAAGAACAUUUAGAAGGUACACUUGUCAAUUACACGUGGAUCUUUUAACAUGUUUUUUUUUUUUUUGCAGUUACAUAGUAAUGAUAAUAAAGUUUAUUUUAAUAGCACUUACUGUAUCGAAACCAGAGAUUACAAAUUGCUUUCCGAAAAAAAUAGAACAAAGAAAAACAACUCAUAUAAAAUCAUAUACACAUAAAAUAUAAGAAUAGUGAAUCAUAAAAAUUUUGAUUAAGCUC